AUGUCAUUGAGUCAUUUGGAGGAUGUCGACCGACUGAGUGAACGUGUCAUCCGAGUUUUGGGCCAAAAUCCUAGCUCAUUUACUCUUCAGGGAACGAAUACCUAUAUUGUUGGUACUGGUCGAAAGUAAGUUAAUAUAUCUUUGUUGUUUUUUGUGUUUAGGUGUGUAAACAACAGUUUUUGGAUUGCUAAGAGAUUGGUCUUUAGUAGUUUUUAAUUAAAUUAGCUUUGUCUUCUUUAGUUUUUCCGAAUUUUGGCUUUGAAUGUUGUUAUAGACAUCAGAUAUUGUAUGUCGUCGGCUUUUCGAUUUUUCUGUAAAACUAUUCAAAUUCAGUCCGUGUUCUUCAAACAUGACACAAAGAAGAUACUAUUCAACAAAAUCAGCUAAAAAUUACUACGAAGUUCUUGGUGUAAAGCCGUCAGCGACCGUGAGAGAGGUGAAGACAGCUUUCUACCAGUUAUCUAAAGAACAUCAUCCAGAUUUGAAUCCAGACAAAGCGCACGAUUAUUUUCAAGACAUAGUUAAUGCGUAUGAAGUUUUGUCAAGCAAAGAGAAGCGUUAUAUGUAUGAUCAGACUUUAAAACCAGCAAAGAGUACGACGCAAACACCUACAACCACUUAUGCUCGAAGAUCAACAAGGCCGAAGCGAGAAUACGAAGAUUUGGAUUUGAACUACGACGAUUUUAUGGAAUUUCAGAAGCAAACAAGGAAGAGAGGUUACAUAAAGGAUGAGGACAUUCCUGACCUGUUCUUUAGGAAGUUUGGAGAACAUAAGGCAAAUAUUUAUAUUGUAGUAGGUUAGGUGAGCUAUUAGGUCGUUUUUGAAGACUUUUAUUUCAAAAAAUUGAUGUGGCUUUGUUCUUAAAAGCUUUAUAAGGAUAGAUAAGAAGUUGUUGACGCAAAAGCUGUCUGUUUAAGCUGACCAAUUAAUUUGCAGUUCAAAAAACGUACCGCAGAAGAUGCCAAGUACUAUAGUGUUUACAAAGACAGUCUGCAAGAAGAACGAGAAGUCAGGGAACAAAAGAUUAUAGAGGAAAGAGAAAGGAAAAAAGCUGAAGAAACUAAACAUGUACCUAAAUUCGAAGAAGAAUUGUUAAAAAGCAAGCAGAAAGACAAAAACAUGAUGUUAUACAUGAUAUCAGGUGUUGUUGUUGGGAUAAUACUUGUUGUUAUGUCGAUAUUCUUGCGAUAGCUGAUGGUUAAUAAUGUUGUACUUGAUUUUAGACUAUUUUAGGACAUAUUAUGUUGUAUUAUAGAUGAAUUUAAUAAAUUUUUUGAUCCAAAAACUGUUGUUUAUACCUUUUGAGGGCUGUACUGGCUAUGAUAAUAUAAAAAAGCUUUGUAAAAACGCAUUGACUGAAUUUUAAUGGUUUUUUCUGGUAAAAUAGAUAAUAUAAAAUUGAAUUUUAAUUGUAAAAUGAAAGUUUUUUCCUUUAGGCGAGUCCUAAUAGACACAGGAGACGGUGGGAUUCAGAAGUACGUUGACCUACUGAAGAAGGUUCUUAGCGAAAAUGAAGCCGAGUUAGAGUCGAUUGUCAUUACUCAUUGGCAUCCAGAUCAUGUUGGAGGAAUUAGUGAUGUCAGAUCGGCGUUUGGCAAGAAUCUCGAAGUUUUUAAGCUCACAAGAGAAGGGGUAAGGUUUGUAAAGAAAGUUUUUGCAAAAUUUAUUUAAAAUUUUAAUUUUGGAAAGAAAGUUCUUGCAUAAACUAAGAAAUUGUGAAAAAUGCCAUUUUCUAUCAUUGUAAACAAAGUUAUUGCCAAGAAAUCAAUUUCUGCGCCGUGCAGCGCCAUUUGUUUUCUUUGCACAGUGCGAAAGCGCGAUCCCGUUCGAUCUGGCAAGUUAAGCAACGGUGCGCUUGAUUAUAAAAAGUUCGAGGAACACUGGGUGGAAACAAAGUUUUUGUCAUUUUAAGGCAUGUCUGGUAUAAACUUUGUCAUUUUUUCAGGUUUGGAAAGAAAGUUCUGGUCAUUUUUAAGUUUGUAAAGAAAGUUCUUGCAACUUUUUAGUUUGUAAAGAAAGGUUUUGCCAUUUUUUGUCUUAAAAACAACUUUAACUAUUUUUGAUUUCAGCACGAUGAAAAGUCGAUUUGUGACUACAAAUACGUUGAAGACGGCUACAAAAUUAAAGUAGAAGGGGCGACAUUGAGGGUAGUAGCUACUCCAGGUCACACGGCCGAUCACGCAUCGUUGUUCUUGGAAGAAGAUCAAACAUUAUUCAGUGGGGACUGCAUUUUAGGUAUGAAAAUGGUUUAUAUUUUGGGAUUCUUGGUGUGUAAAGAAGUUUUUUGCCAGUUUUUGUUUUGGAAAAAAAGUUCUUGCCAUUUUGUAUUUUGGGAAGCAAGUUUUGACUAUUUGUUAUUCUGUAAAGAAAGUCCAUUUUCUGUAAGCAAACUUUUUUUUCAUUUCACUAUCUUCAGGAGAAGGCACCACAGUAUUUGAAUGUCUCCAUACCUACAUGAAGAGUCUAGACGACCUUUUGGCUUUAAAUGCGGCAAAAAUUUACCCAGGCCAUGGUAAAGUCGUAGAUGAUCCAAACGCCAAGAUUACUGAGUAUGUAGGACAUCGUAUGUUGAGGGAGAAUCAAAUCCUGGAGGCGCUGAAGAAAGUCAAGGACGCUACACCAAUGGAUCUGACUAAUUCUGUGUAUCCGGUAAGAAUUUUUGAAAUUUGGGUAAUGGAAAGAAAGUUUUUGUCAUUUCUUGUUUUGUAAGGAAAGUUCUUGCCAUUUUUUGUUUUGUAAAGAAAGUUUUUGCUAUUUUGUCUUUUAUAAAGAAAGUUCUUGCAGGACAUACCACUGUCGGUUAAAUUGGGUGCAUUGGGUAACGUUAACCAUCAUUUGAGCAAGCUGGUCAAAGAUGGUAAAGUAAAACAAAAUUAUGAUGGAUCCUACCAACUUAACGACAACAAGUUGUAA